GUCUAAACGUGUGAAUGAACUCCAUCUCCCCUCUAAAAAAUAAAAAAAUAAAAAAACCCCAUAUCCUCUCUGCGAACCAAAGAAGAAAAAGGUAGAAGAAGACUAGAAGAGGCAGAGAUGGCUCGGAGCGUCACAUACAUGACAGGCUCUCAGCUGCUAUCUCUCAAGCGUCAUCCAAACAUAGCUGUUAUUGAUGUCAGGGAUGAUGAGAGGAGUUAUGAUGGGCAUAUAGCUGGAUCACUUCACUUUGCGAGCGAUACCUUCAGUGACAAAAUGCCCAGUUUAAUUCAAGCUGUCCAAGGGAAAGAUACCAUUGUUUUUCACUGCGCUCUGAGCCAGGUUCGUGGCCCCAAAUGUGCGCGAAGAUUUUCUGAAUAUCUUACUGAAAUGAAAGAACAUGCGGGAAUAAAGAAUAUAAUGGUCUUGGAACGUGGCUAUAAUGGCUGGGAAGCCUCGGGUAGACCUGUUUGUCGCUGCUCUGAUAUUCCCUGUAAGGGUGACAGUUCAUAGAGAUCUAUUUAAAUAAAUGCUUCUCAAUAAGGGAGCAUAUUAUGUUGCAAAGCUGAUUAUACAAGUUUUGUACCGCAUACUUGUUUGGAAUUUCACAGUUGGUAUUCUAGAACAUGUGAUCCAUUGUCAGUGAGCAUACCUGAUUGUAUGGAUUGAUUGCUGGAAAUUAGUUUCUGUUGGUCCUUUUUGGUUUCUGUUUAAUUACUCAGCUUCUCAUCAUGUGAAAGAAUGGUGGGAAAGAACCCAGAAAGUUACUGGUGUUGGAAAGUUAAUUGGCUUUUCCUUUCAGCUUAAUGUCUUC